AUGGAUCAUGAGAUCGAGUCACGACUGCCACAUGGUGAUAAUGAAGAAGAAGAAGUCGAUGAUCGAAGAGCUUUAAGAUUGCAAGCUGCCGAGGCCAGGAGGAUUGCUGGGCCAGAGGGUGAGGAACCUAAUAGGAAGCGGUUACGUCUUGCUGGGCCUGUUAUUGAAGUAGAUUUGGAUGAUGAUGAGGCUGCCGCCGACUUCGAGGCUGGAGCUGCACCAAUAGCAAUUACUGAGGAUGAGGCCAGUGAUAAUGACGAUGAAGUAGAGUUUGUAGGGGAGAGUAGGGCGGUAGGGGCUAAUUGGGUCUUGAGAAGGGAGCAUGGACCUAGGCUGGACCAGAGAGCAUUACAGGCAUUGGACCGUCAUCUUGGCUUUAACAACAACAACAACCUCCUUCAUCCUCCUCCUGUCCGCGUAGAGGGUGUUCGACGAUAUAAUACUGGCAACCUACCUGACUUACGAGAUGUCGAUACUACUCCUCAACAGGGGGAGGGUAAUGAUGAUGCUGGUAAUCGUAUGCCUCUGUAUGUCAUCCGAUACCCUAGAGGGAAUCGGCAAAGAUGCGAAGUAUGUCAUGGGAAUAUAUCUCUUAAUGCGACCACUCUCUCUUACCGUAGUAGGAGUGUAGUGAGGACCAUCCAUCUUGAGUGUACGCCCAACUGCCGAGCUCUGUACCGGCCAACAGAUGUUGGCAUUGAUGUUAUCUUUCAUGAUGCAGUUGCUAAUGAUGAAGCGGAAGUGGAUCGGGUCAUCACCACUCUGAGUCAUCUAAGGAGUAGAAGGCUGAUGGAUCGUGAGAGUGAACUCCGACGUCGGCGUAAUAACAGACGACAGCAACAACAGCAGCAACAUGGUGGGGGUGAUCUCCGAAUACCCGACCAAGCUAUAAUGGUCGGGGAUAUUGGACGACGGAUGAUCACCUUUGAUAAUGGCUUGCAUGAGGGAAUAUUGGCAUAUAACUGGCUCAUCCCAGGAAGUGGCCUACAGGAUCAGCAUGUUGUUAACAACAUGUAUCACCCCUCGGUGGCUGAAGCUCUACUACGUGGACACAUACCACAACGACGAGGACCUCCUCCACCCUCUAUACCCGCGAUGAUGAAGAAAUGCACCAGAGUUAUCAUCAAGAAGGCUGAUAUUGAUCCCGACACCAAGGAUUGGAGAGAAUGUACGAUUUGUUUGGAGCCCAUGAAGACCAGGCAAGCCGUCAUAGAGUUGCCUUGUGAGCACAGAUAUCAUCGUGGAUGCAUCGAGAAAUGGUUUAAGACAGCAUCGAUGAAGGAUCCGACUAAUGUUCGAUGCCCUCUCGAUAAGAAAUCAUUAUUCGACAUGUUGGGGGAACCUGUCCCUGGAGCAUAGAAGGAACUGUAGAUAUAAUUAUUGCAUCAUCAUCAAAAGGGACCAUCACUAAGGUAUAAU